GAGAAUAAUGAAGAGGAGCCGCUUUAUUGCUAUUGUCGACAGGUUUCGUUUGGAGAAAUGGUGGGCUGUGAUGGCGAGAACUGUCCAUACGAAUGGUUCCACAUGGAGUGCUUGGGCUUGACGGAGCCUCCUGCAGGGAAAUGGUACUGCAAUGAUUGUUUAGCAGAGAUCCAAAGACAGAAUCCAAAU